UUUUGUACAGGGGCUAACUUAAAAUACCAAUAUGGCUGAUCAUGUGGAGAUUCAAAAUUCAACUAGCCAAGGGAAAAGGCGAAGUUACGAUUCAAACUUUAAGAUAAAAGUCUUAAAAUAUGCUGAACAAACAAGCAAUAGGGAAGCUGUCAGAAAAUACGACGUAGAUGAGAAAAAUGUACGUAGAUGGAAGCUGAUGCAGAAGAAACUAGAAAAUUCGGCUUCUACGAGGAAAUCGUUCAAAGGGCCUAAGAAAGGCAGGUAUUGUGAAGUUGAUGCAGCAGUGCUUCCUUUCAUUCAAGAGCAAAGAAAAAAUGGAAUGCCUGUCACCCGAAAAAUCAUACAAUUGAAGGUAUUAGAAAUUGCCAGUGAAUUAAAAAUUCCCAGGCAUGAAUUUAAAGCAAGCCUUGGAUGGUGCCGUAGAUUUAUGCUCAGAAAUGGCCUCUCUCUAAGACGCAGGACAACACUUGCACAAAGACUACCUGUUGACUUCAAUGAAAAGCUGCUUGCAUUCCAACGGUAUGUCAUAGAGCUCAGGAAAAAGCACAACUAUCCAUUGAGCCAAAUUGGAAAUGCCGAUGAAACUCCCGUUUUCUUUGAUAUGCCAAGUAAUACAACCGUGGAUCAAAAUGGAGCAAAAUCCAUUCUUAUGAGAACCACAGGCAAUGAAAAAUUACGUAUCACAGCAAUGUUAGCUGUUACAGCUGAUGGUCAUAAGCUGACACCUUAUGUGAUACUUAAAAGGAAAACUAUGCCGAAGGAAAGUCUUCCAAGAGGCUUAAUUGUCAGAUGUCAUGAAAAGGGAUGGAUGAGCAAGGAGCUGAUGAAUGAUUGGCUAUCAGUUGUUUGGAAGAGUAGGCCUGGUGCUCUUCUUGCAAAAAAAGCAAUGCUGGUAUUGGAUGCAUUUAAAGGACAUUUAACACCUGAUGUAAAAAGUAAGAUUGAAUCCUUGAAAUCAGAUCUGGUAGUAAUACCAGGGGGUAUGACAUCCCAACUCCAAGUGCUUGAUGUUGUUGUCAACAAGCCAUUUAAAGACCAUCUACGGCAGCAGUAUUCUGAAUGGCUUGUGGCUGGAGAUCAUGCCCUCACACCAAGCGGCAAAAUUAAGAAACCAUCAGUGGCUUUGCUGUGUCAGUGGAUUAUUUCUGCGUGGGCAAUGAUAUCUUCAGAAUCAAUCAUCAAAGAAUUCAAAAAAUGUUGCCUGUCAAAUGCAUUGGAUGGUAGUGAAGAUGAUGUAUUGUGGGAAGUUCAGAAAGAAGUGGAUCAGGAGAAUGAUGAAGAAAACAGUGGGAGUGAUGUAGAAAGCAUUGGAAGUAGUGAUGAAAACCUGAGCAGAUACCGGUAUUGAUGGAGAGACAGGCAGUGAAAGUGACUAAAAUUUCUCAGAGGGAUGACUUAAGAACAUUUGCUAAUGUUGUUGAUUGUUGUGCAGGGGAGAGGGUGAGAACUGUUCCCAUCAGUCUCCUUGUUGUCCAUUCCUUUUCCCUUCUUUAUUUACAGUAUAACUACAAAAUAGUUUUCA